GAUUCUUACUAGCGGGAACGCGCCUGUUGGGAACGAGUGCAGUUUCCUGGGUGCGUGAAAGCGUCACACAGGACAGACAAUGAAGUGGUUAGCUGGCGGUGUGGCGAGUAUGAGAAGAUAAAUUACAGCAGGGGAGUGCGAAGGAGACGAGGGCAGCCCCGCGAGGGCAAGUGUGUGCUGCUGUGGCGGUCCUGCUAGCGAAAGAUGAACAAGCACCACCGAGUGCCGAGCAACCGAACUCUGAGCUCCGUGGAGGUGAAGAGCAAGUUUGGGGCCGAAUUCCGUCGGUUCUCCCUGGACCGGUCGAAGCCGGGCAGAUUUGAUGAGUUCUAUGGACUCCUGCAGCAUGUGCACCGGAUACCCAACGUGGACCUGCUGGUGGGUUACGCCGACGUCCACGGCGACCUGUUGCCAAUAAACAACAAUGACAACUACCACAAGGCCAUCUCUGUGGCUAGCCCGCUGCUACGGCUCUUCCUGCAGAGGAAAGAGGAAGCAGACUACUCCGCGUUUGGUACGGACUCUCUGACCCGUCCUAAGAAGACUGUCCUAGCUGCCGUGUUACUGCGGCCUGAUGCCAACCGGAAGAAGCCCCCUGUGAUCAUUAGCCUGCCCAGGGACUUCAGGCCUGUCUCCUCCAUCAUCGACGUGGACAUCCUCCCUGAGACACACCGCCGGGUGCGCCUCUACAAGCAUGGCCAGGAGAAACCAUUGGGUUUCUACAUCCGCGACGGCUCCAGCGUCCGGGUCACACCCCAGGGUCUGGAGAAGGUUCCUGGGAUCUUCAUCUCCCGCAUGGUGCCUGGGGGCCUAGCUGAGAGCACUGGCCUGCUGGCCGUCAACGACGAGGUGCUUGAAGUCAACGGCAUCGAGGUUCAAGGCAAGUCUCUGGACCAGGUGACUGACAUGAUGAUCGCCAACAGCCACAACCUCAUUGUGACGGUGAAGCCAGCCAACCAGCGCAACAACAUCAUACGGAGCAGUGGCGGAGGGGGUGGGGCGGCUUCUGGGAGUUCGGGUCGCUCUUCUGACAGCGGCGCAAGUUUCUACGGUUAUUUCACCCCUGGUGCUGCCAUAGUGACGACCCCAGCACACAUCAUCCAGAACUUCCACCCAGAGGAGCUAGAAAGUGAUGAGGAUGAUGAGGACCUGGUGAUCGAGGCAGACGGGGAGGCCUUGCCCAUCCCACGGGCAGCCUCGGCCAGCUGCAGCAUGCCCUCCCUGCCCCGCUACGAGCCCCACCUGAACCUCCGCUCCACAGCCAACGGAGACCUGGCCUCCAGCACCGGUUCACUGAGCACGGUCAGCACGCCCGACAGGGGCCUAGAAGGAAGGAGCCUUGAGGAGGACGGCACACUCAUCACACUGUAGACACAUACACUCUUCAUACUUGCACAAUAAUUACAGCACGCACACAUUCAUACUUAAAUAGUUUUACUCUCGCUCUUAUAUGCAAAAACAUAGUCUUGCACAUACAUUCAGAUACCUUCAUGCAUACACAAAGAAGACAAACGCCAAGACCUACGCAUGCGUGCCAUAGUAUCGCCACAGCCCUCCCCACACUGUGACCUACAGACACAUUAAUUACACAUGGUGUUUGUGUGGAAGGGGAAACUCCUGAUUCAAAACCACAAAAAGCACUUGUUUCUAUUUUGGGAGGGGGAGACCGUUUCUAUAUUCUUCCUCUUGAUGGCAGGAAUGAGAUGGUAUUCUCAGUUUUUUGUUUUUGUUUUUUCAAUUUUGUGAACUGUACGAAAGUACUGAUUUUAAUGAAAGAAGGGGGAAAAUGAAUGCACAUGUAUGCUCUGACCUCUCCCUAGCUAUUCUACCCUGGCUUGUUAGAUAGAGGAGACUGUGUCUUGAGCACAUUUGACAAUCUGCUUUUGCCUGGUCACUUUGUAAAUGACAACAAGCCCUCUCCUAGGUGAUUACAGCAUGUGGGAACUGAAGUAAUGGCUUCCAUCCUACCUGUUACCAUAGUAACCAACAAAGAGCAGAGGUCUGCAAUAAUACUCUAAUUUUAGUCUGAUGGGGAAAAAACAAAUAUGGGCUUUGUGUGGAUCCGAACAGGGUUAACCACUAUUCCUAUGUUUUUUCCCACACGCUUUUAAUGUUGAUAAUCAUUAAAAACCAACUAGAAGCAAUUAUGCGAAGCAACUGGACUUUCGAAAAUCUUUAAGGUUUAAUGCUGUUUUAUUUCAAUCAAAUAAUUUACUGUAUGAUUUUUUUAUUUAGUGGAAAAUAAGUGUACCGCAACAUACAAUAUUGGAAUUCUAAGGACCCAUGGGUAAGGACCAUAUCUCUACAUUACUGUCGUCGGUAAUAAUUCAGGAUGUCGUUGUGUGGGGUGAGGAAGAUCCAUCUUUCUUGUUUUUUGUUUUUAUUGAACUUUUCUUUCAUCAUGACAAGGGCUAUUUCCCCACUUUGUCUAUAAAGCGUGACAGUAUGUGAUUGUAUAUGUGAUUCUCUGAUUUCUCUGACCAUGACUCUUCACGCAUCUCAGUAUGUUCCUCAUGUUCUCUCUUUUUUUCAUCUGUCCAUGUUUUGUAUGGGUGGAAGUACAUGUAACCGAUAGGGUGGACUUUCUUACAGUUUUCCAUCUCGAAGUUCACUUCGAUGUGGCCUGAAUCAUUCAUGUUUGAACAGUGCCCUCACUUCAUAUACAGUAUUUGUCCCUAUUUCAAAGAAUGUAAUACUGGUAUAGAUUGCACAUGAAUAACUGGACUGUGACUGAUGUUACAUAACUUAGAGCUAAGACACUAAUGCCCCAAGAGAGGAGUCUCUGUGUUUGCACCUUGUGUUUGAGUAAGGUGGAGUUCGUCUAGUGCUACGCAUUGAAUAACUUGGAUCAGGUGAGGGGAGUGCGUAUUAUCACCUGUUCCUGGUCACAUGUCUGUCACCUGAUGUCUGUACCUGUGGUUGUUCAGGAAGGUCAACACCAGCAAGGUGAUUUUAGAAUGCCGGUAGCAUCGAUCCAACAGACUUGCCCAAAACACGAGACAGUUUCUCACCGGACCAUAGCUGUGGGAAGUUGGGGUACUGAAGGUGCUGCAGUACCCCUGCCCGCAAGCUACUUCCCGCGGCUAUGCACCAAACUACAAAUGCUUAACGUGAAACUUAUCAGGCGAGUACUGCAGAAUGUCUUCAUUCCGAUAGAUUGUAGUUUAAUUCUCUGUGAUCAGUUGCCAUUGAGCUGUUGUGAAGUAUAUUUGGGAAUUAACACUAAGGCUGUACUCAACAUGUAAACAGUAAUAGAAGCUAACAUACUCCUUUGAGAGCAGAUGGGGCACUGAUGUGCAUCAUUUCUCAUUGAUUUUGGCUUUUGCUAGGGAAACUAAAUGUACUGGGAACAGUUGCCUUACUCCCCUCUAACCCCCUCUAUUGAGCUGGACUGCAGUCUUGUCUUACCUGUAGAAAUACCUAAUGAGAAUCAUAAACACUGGAUCUGUGAUCAAACAUCUGCUCAGAGCAGGGUAUGUGAACUGAACUUCCACUCCCUAUCAUACUGACUCAUUGACACUGUGGUACUACUCAAUUCUCUGUUAUGGUACACACGGUGUUGACAAGUUGAGAUUUGCUUUGUCUCUCAUUCCAAACAGUUCUGUAACAGUCAAAGCAUGACGAGUGACAUUUUGAAUGGCUGAAUUUUAGAAAUCUGUUUAAUUUAUUUUUGUUUUAACUACACAGGGCAUUGGGAUUGUAACCACGGCUAUUUAUUUUGUAAUCAUGUUUCAGCAUAGCAAUGAAAAGUCAUAUGUUUUCAUUUGUGUAACUGAUCCACUAUGUUAAUUCAUGGUUGAAGUUCAUGAUCUCAUCUAUUCCUGGUAGGUACUUCUUCUUGUCCUAUUAAAAGUAGUUUGAUUCAAAUGUUUUUCUGUACAAGCAGUUUAUACUGUGACUUUAUUCCUGGAUAAACCCUGUAUUUCAGAGAAUACACAACAGGCUUCAGAAUUAUAUUGUUUUGUGUCAGUUCCUUUUUUUUUUAAGAUAAUGAGCAAGGAUUUCUGCUUGCUAGAUAAAUCCUAAGGUAUAGAUUUGUACUGAACAUUUUCAGUAUUUUCUUAUUAAUGCUAUAUGAUGUACAUUUUUAUCACAUUUAAUGAAAAUGUUUUAAAGUAGUAAAGAAAUGUAUGAAUAGAUGCACAUGUAUAAUUAUUCAUUCCAUGAGCUGGAAAAAAUAAACUAAUAUGUAGCAAUCA